CAAGUUGUGCAAAGCAGCUAUGCUGGAUUCAAUAUUGAAAGUAACUUUUGAGAAUUUGGAUGUAAUCUUGCCUGCAACACUGAAUACUGAAUGCAUUUUAUCUUUCUGAAUCAGAUGGAACACCAGUGGUGUGGAUCGCACUUGGCAGCAGCUAACAAGAAGAAGGUGGAGGACCGUAAAACGGUUGGAGGGCCCCCACCACUAACUUUCACCCCGGAGAUUUUCGAUAAAUUUGUGAAAAACAGUAUUGCCUCUUACACACCCGGUGAGAAAAUAACUGUAGAUGAACAGUUGUUCCCUACUAAAUCGCGCUGUCCUUUCACACAGUACAUGGCCAAUAAACCGGACAAAUUUGGUAUCAAAUUCUGGGUGGCCGCUGAUGUCGAAACAAAAUACAUGCUGAACGCAAUACCCUAUCUAGGGAAAGAUGACAGUAGCCCGGCUGGUCAACGGUUAUCGGACAAUAUUGUGAUGCGUCUGAUGGAGCCUUUCCUGGGGGAAGGAAGAAAUGUCACGACAGGCAAUUUCUUCACCUCGUUGGCACUGGCAAACGAUCUUUUGGCGGACAAAACCACCAUUGUUGGCACAAUGAGUAAAAAUAGACGAGAGAUGCCCCCUUGUACACAGGCACAGUCUGAAAGAUAUUCCACCAAGGUGCUGAGGGCUGGAAAAGUUACACUCACCAUUUACCAGGCGAAGCCAAAGAGAAACGUAUGCAUCCUGAGCACAAUGCAUCAGACAGUUUCAACUGAUAAUGGCGCAAAGAAACUGCCCGAAACACUUUCCCACUACAACAGCACUAAAGCUGGCGUUGAUGAUAUGGAUAACAUGGCACGGCUGUAUUCGGUAAAUGGAGGCAAAUGUCGCUGGCCUGUGGCUGUGUUUUACAACAUCCUAGACCUGGCUGCGAUUAACGCACACGUUCUGUACAAACAGUGCAUGAACGUCACCAUAAGCAGAAGGAAAUUUAUUCUGGAGCUGGUGAAAGAGCUGUGUGCGCACCACAAAAUGGCAAGGGCAACGGGGGCGAUAGCACGUAAGCGACUUUUGCCUGAAACCCCUUCUCCGCCUGCGAAAAGGAGACAAUGCCAAAUCGGCAGAUGUUCGGGGAACAAAACUUGUGACAUCUGCCAGACAUGUAAGCGACUUGUCUGUGGCAAAUGCUCCAAGAACGCACCGAAGCUGUGCUCGGAGUGUUGAUAAAGCGAUGUACGCAUCCUGAGCACAGUUUAAGGGAACUUAACUUGAGUUGGUGAGCAAACCAAACUAUUCAUGACGCGGUCGUUACCAGCACAAUGCAUCAGACAUUUACGGUUGACAGUGGCGCAAAGAAACUACUGCAGAUGUUCAGGGAACAAAACUUAUGACAUCUGCCUGACAUGUAAGCCAAAUGCAAUGUAAGCCUUUCGGUGGUGAUAAAGGCACCUGCAAAACAUUAGCCUACCUUGAAGGGAACUUUCUGAAUUGGUCAGUUGACCAAGCGAUUCAUGACGCGGUCGUUAGGAGGGGGUUGGGAUCACACCUAAGCUAUUGUUCCAGGCUGUCGGUGGAAUAUCUCUCCACUUGAAAUGGAAACACGAAACGGCGAUGCGGAAUAAUGUAUCAUACCCUGCUUGAUACAGGUUGUGCACAAGGGGUUACAGCAUCUCGACACAAAGGAAACUAAAUAGCUCGAAAAGUACUUUCUUAUGUAUUUAUUUGCUUAGUAAAUGUUUCAUUGUAUAGAGUAUCUUGCAUUUUUCUUAACUAUUUAAACCACACAGCUGUCGAUUUACCCUUCGUGCUGUAAUUCAGUUUCAAUGAUGGGUAAAAAUGCAGCCCCUCUUAUGCUACGCUAUUUAUUCUAAAAGCCUACACACCCGACACGGCUUUGUUGACAAAAACCCGUUGCAACAUACAUAUUUUGUCCAAACAACAUUCACGCAUAUUGAUUCAUUUCCAAGCUGUGCAUACAUUUUCAGUUACACGUGUGGAAUUAGUUUUAGCUGAGUCGUGAUAGACGGCGGUAGGCUACUCGUGAUAUGAACUAGUUUUGUCCAAAUCAUUCAAAUGCGGGAAACUCACCAUAGACUGAGGCAUCCUAUUGGGAGGGGGUUGGGAGGUGUUACUUACAGGCUACUUGGCAGGUUAGGUGUUAAUAUAUGUUGUUCUACUGAAUAAGCAUAAAGUCCGGUUUAUAGCCUACUCCGUCACCCGACAUGUCGUCCAACAAUUAGAAUGUCCAAAUCUGUAAUCUGUCACAACAACAGUUAAUUUACAAUCACAAAUGUCUCGAAUUUUUGCAUUACUUGGACUGUGCCCUCAAAAUAAGGGAAUGACUCGGGACAACGACGUGAUCAUUGUCAGUCGACAAUCGAAUGCUGAUAAAGUCGGGCUAUGCAUUUACAGACCAUCUGACCAACUGCAGUCUAACUUGCAACGUGUGUGGCAUCCUUUAUAAUAAAUUAAUUCUCCAAGGCAGAAGACCACAUGUUAAAAACAAAUACUAUGAAAAAGUUGCCUGAAC